AUGGAAAGGUGCGGCCGCGCUUAUUAGCAUUACGUACACACAGCAGCGCCGGGAAACGCAGAGCCAGAAGCAGGGAGAGCAUUGCAAAAGGCGAAAUAAAACCUCUAAAAACGCAUCUUUUAUAGCAUUGUACGUGGAUUUCGACAGGAAAAAAAACCGACUGAAGCAUGAGCGAGGAGCAAACGUUGACGUUACCUUGCGAGAACCGUUCUGGCACAGGACUAUAGUUGUUCAAAAAGGAGGAUACACUUAUACAACAUUUCACAGUUAUAAGGGAUUGACCACAGGAUGGUUCACACAGUAGGAAUGAUUGAAGAUCGUGGGAGAAGAGGUAAUACCAUGGCAGAAAGAAGACAGCUGUUUGCAGAAAUGCGGGCUCAAGAUUUGGAUCGCAUUCGAUUAUCUACCUACAGGACAGCAUGCAAGCUCAGAUUUGUACAAAAGAAAUGCAAUUUGCACCUGGUGGACAUCUGGAACGUUAUAGAAGCCUUCAGAGAAAAUGGUCUGAAUACAAUGGAUCCCAAUACUGAGUUCAGUGUGGCACGUCUGGAAGCAAUACUCUCCACCAUUUUCUACCAGUUGAACAAACGCAUGCCAACAACCCACCAGAUCAACGUUGAACAGGCCAUCAGCUUGUUGCUCAGCUUUCUGCUGGCAGCCUAUGACCCGGAAGGCCUUGGCAAAGUAUCAGUGUUUGUUGUAAAAAUUGCUUUGGCAACAAUAUGCGGAGGAAAGAUUUUAGACAAAUUAAGAUAUAUUUUUUCACAGAUUUCUGACUCCAGUGGCAUAAUGAUUUACUCAAAAUUUGAUGUGUUUUUGCGGGAGGUUCUUAAACUGCCCACAACAGUUUUUGAGGGCCCUUCCUUUGGGUAUACUGAACAGGCUACAAGGUCUUGUUUUGCCCAGCAGAAAAAGGUAUCGCUCAACAUUUUCCUGGAUAUCCUCAUGUCUGAUCCCCCUCCUCAGUGUCUGGUUUGGUUACCAUUAAUGCACCGCCUGGCUAACGUAGAAAACGUCUUUCACCCUGUAGAGUGCUCGUACUGCCACAGUGAGAGCAUGAUGGGCUUUCGCUAUCGCUGCCAGCAGUGUCAUAAUUACCAGCUCUGUCAGGACUGUUUCUGGAGGGGACAUGCUAGUGGUUCCCAUAGCAACCAGCACCAAAUGAAGGAAUAUACGUCAUGGAAAUCUCCUGCUAAGAAGUUAACUAGUGCACUUAGCAAGUCCUUAAGCUGUGCUUCCAGUCGUGAGCCUUUGCACCCAAUGUUCCCUGACCAGCCUGAAAAACCUCUAAACCUGGCCCACAUUGUUGACACUUGGCCUCCGAGACCUGCAAACAGCAUGAACGACACCAUGUUCUCUCACUCUGUUCCCAACUCAGGAAGCCCGUACACAAAUAAAAGAUCAGCAGGUGCAAGUCCACAUAAUCCAAUGACUGAUGAUGAUGGUGAUGAUGAGCAUGCGCUAAUAAACCUGUUUGUAAGUCUGCUCAGCAGCGACUCACGCUUGCCUCACACCAAAAAUAAUGAAGUAGAACAAAGCAAAAACUUGGCUAGGGCUGCUCCAGCUUUGUUGAAAGGGAAGGGGUUAACCUACAGCCUAGAUGUUGCCGAUAGACUUGCUGAUGAACAUGUUCUCAUCAUGCUGUAUGUCAAUCUGCUGCACAGCAACCCCACACGCAUGCUGGAGAGCACCAGCCGUCUGGAUGAAGAGCACCGGCUGAUUGCCCGGUAUGCAGCCAGGCUGGCCGCCGACGCAGCUUCAACGCAACAAGCACAACAGCAGCGGGCUGCUUCAGACAUUGCCUUUACCCUCGAUGCAAACAAGCAACAGCGGCAGCUCAUCGCAGAACUAGAAAGCAAAAACAGAGAAAUCCUCCAGGAGAUUCAGAGGCUGCGUCUGGAGCAUGAGCAGGCCUCGCAGCACAGCCCUGAAAAGGCUCAGCAGAACCCCACCCUCCUAGCAGAACUCCGACUUCUCAGGCAACGGAAGGACGAGCUGGAGCAGAGGAUGUCUGCUCUGCAGGAGAGCCGCAGAGAGCUCAUGGUUCAGCUCGAGGGACUCAUGAAACUUCUGAAGGAGGAAGAAAUGAAGCAGGCAACACAAGGGGCAGGCUCCCCUCGCUCUUCUCCCAGCCACACCAUCAGCCGGCCCAUCCCUAUGCCGAUCCGCUCUGCAUCUGCCUGCUCGACGCCAACCCACACACCUCAGGACUCUCUCACCGGCGUUGGAGGGGACGUACAGGAAGCCUUUGCUCAGGGCUCCAGGAGGAACUUAAGAAAUGACCUGUUGGUGGCAGCUGACUCCAUUACAAACACCAUGUCGUCACUCGUGAAGGAGCUCAACUCGGAAGCUGGCAGUGAGACCGAGAGUAAUGUGGACUCCGACUUCGGGCGUGCUCACUUUGAUGACCUGGUCCCGUCUCCCACCUCUGAGAAGGCUUUCCUCGCACAAAUCCACGCCAGGAAACCAGGAUAUCUCCACAGCACCUCAGCCACUAGCUCCAUCCGCAAUGACCGUGGAACAGAAGAUGGGGACGAUGAGAGCUACGAGAACGACUCUGUCCGCCAGCUUGAGAACGAACUGAAAAUGGAGGAAUACCUGAAACAAAGACAGCAGGAGAAAACCUACAUGAUGAGCUGUGGCCAGACGGAUGACGAGAGCUACGUGAGGACCGAUGAUGAGGAAAGCUGUAUCCGGACGGAUGAUGAUGAAGGGCUGGUGGACCAGAACAAAGAGUGGAACGAACACAUGAAGAGUCUUCUCAAUAGAAAAAAGCUACAGCCAUUCUGAGAAGGAGAGCACUGUAAUUGUUUUACAGAUCGUAGUUAGCUGUGUGUUUAACAAUUUAGAAAACUUUCUUUAAGCUGUUCUU